GGCGGGCGGGCAAAGCCAGAGAUCCUAGAUGCUCUCUGUUCUACCCCCCUCUCCCCCCACCCAUCUCUCCACCCACUCUCUCCAUCUCUCCACCCCCUCUUUCCCACUCCGUCUGUCAUUCCAUCAGGUCCUCACAGACACCGAAGUUCAGAGAGAAGACAGUUCCACUACCGGAGGAGGAAAAAAGACACAUCGAAAGAGAGGAAGAGACAGGGUGAUAGAAAAGAGAGUAGGUGCAAACACAGUAGGGUGCGCGUUUUGGAGGAGAGCGCAGGGCGAGAGGAGUGGUGCGGGUGGGGGGUGGGUUAGCGCACGAGGCUACUCCGUCUGUCUCCUACAUCUCUCAGCCUCCGUCGCCGUGGGUUCACAGCUCUCCCUCUCCCUCCCCCCUUCCCUCGCUCCCUACCUCCCCCGUUCGCUGCUGGCGGGAGCCUCCGAGCUGCUGCGGCGGAGGUCGUCUCCGAUGGAGCCGCCGAGGGACGUAGGAGGAGAGGCGAUGGAGCGGCCGGAGCGGGCCGAGCCCCUGACCGACACUGAGCGGGAGAUCAUCCAGGACACCUGGGGACGCGUCUAUGAGAACUGCGAGGAAGUGGGCGUGUCGGUCCUUAUAAGGUUCUUUGUGAACUUCCCUUCAGCCAAGCAGUACUUCAGCCAAUUCCAGCACAUGGAAGACCCAGAGGAAAUGGAGCGCAGUGCCCAGCUGAAACAACACGCCCGCCGGGUAAUGGGUGCCAUCAACACGGUGGUGGAGAACCUCCAUGACCCAGAGAAGGUUUCCUCUGUUUUGGCUCUGGUGGGCAAGGCCCACGCUGUCAAACACAAGGUGGAGCCGAUGUACUUCAAGAUUCUGAGUGGUGUAAUGCUCGAGGUGUUGUCGGAGGACUUCCCAGAAUACUUCACGGCGGAUGUACAAAUGGUGUGGACCAAACUGAUGGGGUUGGUGUACUGGCAUGUGACAGGCGCCUAUACAGAGGUUGGCUGGGUGCAGCUUUCCAGCUCAGCGGUGUGAAGGGUGAAUGCGGGCGGUGUCUACAGUAUUUCUUAGAUAUACACAGAGUCAGAAAAGGGGACGUUCGGUCUCUAUAUCACCCCUGCCCAAGGAAAAGUAAGGCCACAAAGAUGGCGGAAAGUGAUUCCUAGUGUUGAGGCUAUUCAUAGAAUAUCUUAGUGUUCAACUGUAGCCGUGGGAGUCUUUCCGUUCUCCCUACUGACACGUUAUAUGUACGUUACCCUAUAACCCUGAGCUAUUGUCUGUAUACUGUACAGUAAGUGAGCGUGUCUAUUCUAUCAUGCCCUCAUUUCAGACUCAUUGUAGUCUCGUAAAUCCUCCAUGUUUUCGAGGGAGCUAAGGGCUCCAUUAGAGAGAUUUGCGGCUCAAUGAAAGUAUGCCUCUUUGGAUUCCCGAAACACACGGUACAUACUUUCCAUGCCCAUCUUGUGCACUAGAAAAACACAUAGUUCAUUAUGUUUUGGGGGUGAUAAAACAGUGGCAAAGAGGAUGCCAUCUCCUCAUUAUAUGAAUGCGGGUGCGCGUACGAACACCCAUUUUCUAACACUUACAGGCCAGUGAUUUGGCUUACAUUUCCUGAACCCAUCGGAGAGAUAUGUAUUCAACUCUCUUAAGGGUUUAAGAAAAUGACUGGAGGUCCGUAAAAACACAACAGAUCCUUUCAAGUAGCAUCAGUAUACAUUUGACCACUGACGUAAAAAGAAAGAUAACACAACUAAGAAGCCUAGAUUCUUUGACACACUUCAAUGUCAGGGUGGCAUGCAGACUAGAUGCCACAACUUCUUCCUGAAUUGGAGCACUGUUCCCAACUUCUUCCUGAAUUGAAUUUGAAAAAUAUUUCAGUACAUUUCAAUCUAAUCUUCAUUGUGUCAUGUUUUUAAGUAACUCUGAUCCUUGGAUUUAUCAUUUAUCAUUAAUAAGGAAGUAAUAGGGCUGCUUUCAUACUCUUCUGGUCAUUUAUUAAAUAUCUCCCUGGUAUCCACUUCUUUCUUCUAACCAAAAGCUUAGAAAAAAUGUCACAAUCUCCUUUGCUACUUGGCUAACAAUAUUAGUCUUCACUUUUCCUUUGCGGUUUCAUUAUGCGAUGGCAGUGCCGUUACAGCUUCAAGGUAAUGUCAGAUGAAUGACCAACACAGGAAAUCAAUACGACCAAUCUACUCUGCCAGAUCAUUUUUUUUGUAGAUUAAAGGAAAUGAUGUGAUAUGCACUACUGUAAACGUUGUCUAUGAUUAUUUAUCUCUCCUCAUACGUCUACAGUACAAUACACAUACCAGUCUCUCACACUUGGAAAAACAAUCGACAUCAGCAACAUAUCUUCAGCGCAACCCCUUUAGAGGUCAGCCUACUCAGUUCCUGUGAGUAGCUGUUGAUGGAGUAUUUCAGUAUUUAAGCCCUGAAAGGUUGUUUAUUAAACACUGCCACCCACAAUUUACAAAAUGGCUACGUACUGUUUUUUCCUCUCCUCAGCUGUGAGGUUGUUCCCUUUAUCUGCUGAGUUUUUCUCCCCUGACCGAUGUUUCCAUUAGUUUGCUUUCCCCACCUGAUGAUAAAUAACGGCACAGUCGCCCAAGCACCUACACACUCGAAUGCACGCGUACCCAUUUCACAUAAACCACAACACACAAACAUCAUAACACACACAAACAUUGUAACACACUUUGAGCAUAGGUAGACAUAAGAAACUACACCUAGGACUUGUUGUCAAUUGUGCUUGUUUGUUUGUUUAAAGCUUGGACUUUAUAUUUUUCUAUAUAUAUAAAAUGGUUAUCUGUCUAUGUAGCUGUGUAUAUGAAUACUGUGUACGCCUUUCAUUGUAUAUGGGAGACCUGAAUCAUUGUUAAUUUGUAGAAUUUGACGUUGUCAGUUUCUCAGAGAUCGAUCUGUAUUCAAAACAUGAUAUAACAACUUUCACCUGAUCUGCGAAAAAUACAAAUAAAUUGCUAUAGGGAUCAUUUCAAAAAGAAGAGGUGUGACUUUGUCUCGAAUACAAGGAGUGACAUACUACAAUUUAUACCAUAUAUGUAACAACAGAAUCACAACUAAACAACUGAAUGUUUGUUGUGUUUGUGUUUGACUGAAUGUUAGACAUGUUCACUCAGUCAGUCACACCUCUGACAGUGUUCCACAGGCUGGUAGGACCUCAUUUAGCCUUCACAGCCCUGCACAAAGGGGAUUGUUACAAUCAAUCCUAACACUUUAACCAUGAACUAGCUACUUUUGUUCUCGACUUCUCAACUUCAGCAUUACUAACUUACAUCAAAAGUAUAUCCACCCACAUUGGUAAUAAACCUAUAUAAACAUACAUAUGUUUUGGUGAACAGCUAACGGGUCGAUGCCAGCACAAAAAAAAAAAAUGCUUUUUUUGCCUCAAAAGUGUUUGUUUGUCAUUGUAAUCUGCAGUCUAUCGCAGGGUCUUGCUUCUUCGUGUGAGGGUUAGGCACCAAAUUGAGCAUGUGCACAGUGAGUGACAUUGUUGUGGCCUGUUCUACCAUCCCCGGUCUCCCCUACAUUUGGUUGACUUGGGAGUGGGGGUGGUUUUGUGCAGUUUUAGCAUGUUUGCACAGCCUACUAAAGACUUGUAUCAUUGCAGACCUUGUGAAAUUAACUAACAAAGACUAUCAAUAAAGUGAUAAAUACCAACACU